AUGCUGCAAGAACCGGCGACUGCCGCCAGCUCACAAGCCACCGUCUGCUCGCUGCGAGCCCCCGCGCACGUCCCACCGAGCCACUCUCCGCGCUCCCCUUCUCGCCCGCACCGGUCCAGCCAAAGCGACCCCUUCUGCCAUGUUAGCCUGCACACGCCCGAGCAAGCCCUCUUGACCCGCGAAGACACCAGCUACGACCCCGCCGCAUACUCGUUCAAACCCGACGCAACCACAACACACCACCGCGCUCGCCAGAGCCCCAAGGCUCUCUCCACCGCGUUCAUCGACGGUUGCAGACCGCUAGUUCACCGCGCUACCAACUCACUUUCCGCCUUCCAAAACCAGUCUCGAGCCUCGAUCCCCUCGCCAACAAAGUCGUUCGCUUCUUUCAUCCCUUCUCGCCGCGACUCCAACACCACACAAAGGCCCUCCGCAUUAGGAGACUGGUUCCACGGCCCCUCCGCCCACCCUCACCCCGACCGUGACGACGACUCCGAGUCAGACAUCGGCUCCGACUCCGACCUCGACUCCGACGACGACGCCAUGGACGCCACUUCCACCCAGCGGGCCAAGUCCGUGAAGUCUCUCAAACGCGCCAGCACCCAGAGCUUCGCCAACACCCAUCAGGCCCCCCAGAACACCUCCAUAUUCGCCUCAUGGUUCUCCCGCAAGUCUGACGGCCGCAAGCGCGACUCCAGCAUCCCGCAGGACCCGCUGUCCGUGCUGGACAUUGAGAGCGCCCUCUUCCCCAACGGGCCCGCCGACCCGCUGGACCCGGCCGCCUUCCAUGACCUGCACAAGGCCAGCGUCGCCCUCCUUCAGCAGUUCCAGCACUCGUACAAGGCCAUGCAGCUGUGCAUGCAGGACACGCGCCUCGAGGAGGACGGCCUGAUCGAGGAGAAGAAGCAGGCCGACCUGCACGCCCAGGAAUUGCAGAUGCAGCUGGACAACCUCAGGGUCGAGUCGGAGCGCCGCGAGAAGGAGAACAAGGCCCUGCGCGAGGCCCUCGAGCGCGAGCGCCAGCUGCGUGCCGACGAGGAGGAGGCCCGCAUCGCCUCGCUCCGCGCCGUCAGGGGCCCGGCCUGCACCAAAUGUAACCGUAAGAGCGCGUCCAGCACCAUCUCCAGCGAACCGAGCGGCGUCCUGAGCGAUCGCGACUCAGGCUUCGAGUCCGAGGGCGAGACCAUCACCGACGAAAUGCGCAGCCGGCCCACCAGCAUGGUCUCCGAGUCCGACAUGCACGACCUCGACAGCAACGCCACUCCGAGCACCGCCCCGACCUCCGCUCCCAGCCCGGUCGAGCCGACCAAGCCCGCUCUCUUCAAGCGCAAGAGCGCCUUCGACACGGCCCUGCAGAAGAAGCGUGGUUCCAAGGCCAGCGGCGGCAGCGUCAUGCCCGUCAUCCUGACCGGCGCCGGCAAGAUGAACGACAACUCGGGCCAGAUGGACGUCUGGCGUGAGAACCGCGAGCUUCGGGAACGUGUCGAGAGCCUCGAGCGCACCGUCGAUGAGGCCCUCGGAAUCGUCGGUGGCCUCGAGGCCGGCAUUGUCUACUAA